CACUGCCUUUCCUUAAAAACAACGGUAAGCUCUCGAUCCUAAAUUAGAUCUCUCCGUUCAUCACGAUUCUUCGUUUCUACACUUCGAUUCAUCGAUUCUUCUUCUCAUUUCUCAUUGUUGUUUGAAUUUAUUCAAUCAUCGUAAUACAUAUCUAAGUUUGAAGCAAUGAGAUGCAAGAGAAUUUUAACGAUUGCUGUUGUUUGGUCGAUGUUAUUGAUCAACGAGGUUGUCGGGAUUAGAUUCGUGAUUGACAGAGACGAGUGUCUGUCUCACAACGUUGAAUACGAAGGCGAUAAUGUUCAUGUGGCGUUUGUUGUAAUUAAGUCAGAAACGAUGUGGCAUUUUGCAGAGGAUGGUGUUGAUCUUGUGAUAAAAGGUCCUGGAGAUGAACAUAUACACGAACUACUAGACAGAACUAGUGAAAAAUACGAGUUUUUGGCUCCAAGAAAAGGCGUAUAUCGAUUUUGCUUUACAAACAAAUCACCACAUCAUGAAACCAUAGACUUUGAUGUUCAUGUUUCCCAUCUUGCAUACCAUGAUCAACAUGCCAAAGAUGAGCAUUUUACUCCCUUAUUUGAACAAAUAUCAAGACUAGAGGAAGCCCUUUACAAUAUUCAAUUCGAGCAACAUUGGUUAGAAGCUGAAACCGAUCGUCAGGCAAUAGUAAAUGAAGGAAUGAGUAAAAGAGCAGUUCACAAGGCUAUAAUUGAAUCAGCAGCUCUGAUAGGAGCAAGCAUUCUUCAAGUUUAUCUUCUUCGACAUUUAUUUGAAAGAAAACUCAGAACUUCAAGAGUUUAG